CUUCUCUUUCUCUCUCUCUCUCUUUCUUUUUCUUUCUCUCUCUUGAAAGCUUAUAGCUGCUGCGUUUGUUUGUUUGGUUUGAGAGAGAUAUUAGUGAGUGCCCAAAAACCCAAAAGAAGCCACCAUUUUUAUUUUAUAUUAGUAAACUUGUUUCGUUUGCAGAAGGGUGAAGGUGAUUGCAAAAACACUCACUGCAAAGAGCAAAAAAAGAGAAAGAAAAGGAGAGAAAGAGAAAGACAGAGACGACAGAAAGAGGGACAACACAGAGUGAGUAAGAGAAAGAGAGAGAGAAAGAAAGGAAUUCAAGAAGCUUUCAAUACCACAGAAGAGGGAAAACGAUGUCUGAGAGCUUUACAUCCUUUCAUACUCUGCAACUCCAAGAGUAAUUGGUGUGGAAGAGAAGGAAGCGGGUUCAAAGGCAACACAAGGUGAAGGAGAGAUAUGAUGAGGAAGAAGAUCAAGAGCAGCUUGAUGAUAUGGGCAUAGCAACCGUACCGCCACUUCUUCCAACACCACCAUCAAUCUUCUCAAGCUCAUCAUCAAAAGGUCAUCACCACCACUCAAUUAUUGAUUCAGAAAGCUACUCCAAUUCUCCUAAUUCUAUGUCCCAAGACUAUCACCACCAAGGCAUCUUCACCUUCUCCAAUGGCUUUGAGAGAUCGGCUAUGACUACCCACCAAGAGCAGCAACAGCAGCAGCAACACCACUUGGCGCAACAGAUCCGGAGAGAAAAGCUGAGGGUGCAAGGCUUCGAAACCCCGCCCCCUCCACCAUUGGUUGGCCUAGACGAAGAAGAAUCCGGAGGCCUUCCGGUGUAUGAAACCGCGGGCAUGUUGUCCGAGAUGUUCAAUUACCCUCCAGGUGGCGGCCCUGCUGGGGCCUCCGAACUGCUGGAGCAUCCGAUGGCUCAGGCCUAUCGGAUGGCUCGGCAGCAGCAGGAGCCUGUGUCUGGUGCGGCCGAGUGGUACGGAAGCAGAGUGGUGGGGGGUGGAUUGGGAGCAUUGGGAGAUUCAAAAAAUCACAAUAGCCGCGACAGUAUUCAGCAUCAUCAUCAACAGCAGCAUCAGAUUUCAACAAUUAAUGCGGACUCAGCGGCAGCCAUGCAGCUUUUUCUUAUGAACCCAUCACAACCAAGAUCGCCUUCUCCUCCAGCUCACACAACUUCUUCCACCCUCCACAUGUUGCUUCCAAACCCAUCAUCCACUACCAACUCACUCCAAGGCUUUGCUACUCCAUCUGGAGGAGGAGGGGCUUUUGGUCAAUUCACAUGGGUUCCUGAGAGUCAUCAUGGACAUGAUGGAGGCAAUCCCACCGGCGGUGCCGGUGAAAUUGGAGGGGUUGUGGAAGGCCAAGGCCUUUCAUUAUCUCUAUCAACUUCAUUGCAGCACUUGGAGGCAGCCAAAGCUGAGGAAUUCAGGAUGGGAUCAGAUAGUGCAGGUGGGUUACUAUAUUACAACAGUCAAGGAGAUCAUCAAGGCUCAACCAAUCAGUACAAGAAUUUAGGAGCUCAUCAUCAUCAUCAUCAACAUCAUCAAAGCCAGCAGCAGCAACAGCAGGCAUUGCACAGUUUGCAGCAAGGAGGGGUUGUGGGAGGACAUGUUGGGUUUGGGUCAUCAUCAGGAUCAGCCUCAUCAUUUGGAGUUGUGAAUGUGUUGAGGAAUUCCAAGUAUGUGAAGGCAGCCCAAGAACUGUUGGAAGAGUUUUGCAGUGUAGGGAGGGGUCAGCUCAAGAAGAACAAGUUUGGUGGGACUGGUGGUAGGCAUAACUCCACAAACCCUAGUUCCAAUCCAGCUGGCAGUGGUGGUGGUGGUGGUGCCUCUUCAUCUUCAUCAAAGGAUGUGCCUCCUUUGUCAGCCGCUGAUAGGAUUGAACACCAAAGAAGGAAGGUCAAACUAUUGUCCAUGCUUGAUGAGGUGGACCGUAGGUACAACCACUACUGUGAGCAAAUGCAAAUGGUGGUGAACGCAUUCGAUCUGGUGAUGGGUUUCGGGGCGGCGGUGCCGUACACAGCCCUAGCUCAGAAGGCCAUGUCGCGGCAUUUCCGGUGCCUAAAGGAUGCGAUAACGGCACAGUUGAAGCACAGCUGUGAGCUACUGGGAGAAAAAGAUGGUGCGGGGACCUCAGGAAUAACAAAAGGAGAAACUCCAAGGUUGAAGAUGCUAGAGCAAAGCCUAAGGCAGCAAAGAGCAUUUCAUCAAAUGGGCAUGAUGGAACAAGAAGCUUGGAGGCCCCAACGAGGCUUGCCCGAACGCUCUGUCAACAUCUUGAGGGCCUGGCUUUUUGAGCAUUUUCUUCACCCGUACCCAAGCGAUGCUGAUAAGCAUCUGUUGGCACGACAGACUGGUCUAUCGAGAAAUCAGGUCUCAAAUUGGUUCAUUAAUGCUAGGGUUCGAUUGUGGAAACCCAUGGUGGAAGAGAUGUACCAGCAAGAAACCAAUGAAGAAGUUGGGGGUGCAGCAGCAGCAGCAGCUGAUCAUCAUCAUCAAGAUCAGAGAGAACGUAACAACCAAAACCAAAAUAGUAGUGGCCUCAAUGCACAAACUCCAACGCCUACAACGACAGCUGCCACAACAACAACGACAACGACGUCAACAACAACACCAACGACAACAAAUUCGCCAACAGGCAAAAGAUCCGAAAUCAAUGCCUCCGAAAACGACCCUUCACUCAUCACAAUCAAUAGGCAGCAGCAGCAGCUGCAGCACCACUUGCAACAGCCCAUGAUGGCCACCACCACCGCAAGCGCGGUGGCGCUGCCUGCAUCGCAAUGUUUCGCCACCACAUCCACCACUGCAAAUGAUAGGCUGGCUUCCGAGGACACACGUCGCCGAGGCAGCAUGGUGGCAGCGGAUUACGGGACCACCUCGGGUAAUGCACAUAUUGCAGCUCAUGAUCAUCAAAGUAGUAGUAAUAUUGGGUCUUCUACUACGCUUAUAAGCUUUGGGACCACCACGGCAGCUGGUGACGUGUCACUCACUCUAGGGCUUCGCCAUGCUGGUGGUGGAAACAAUAUGCCCGAGAAGAAUCCUUCUUCUUUCUCUAUUAGAGACUUCGGGGGCUGUUAAUUAGCCUCUUAAUUAAUUAAUUAAUCAAACUUCUAUAGUAGUUAUUACAAAAAACAAAAACAAAAAAAAAAACAUUUUAAAUUAGUUUCUUUAUCCUUUUUUCUUCUCGUUACUUAUAUAUAUAUAUAUAUCUCCUUCCAUUCUAUGAAGAAAGAUACAUGGUGAGACAAAAGUAGCAUUACGUUAGCUAGUUGUAUGGGGGGUUCUGUUGUAAUUGUAUAGUAGAUGGUUCUUUUUUUUGUUGUUGGAAUUUUUGUAUUUUCAAAUUCUAUGUGCUUUAAUUAGGUCUUAUACCUUAAUCGGAGGCAUUUACUAGAAUAAUAUAUCAUGAAAUUCAUGUUUUGAGAGAGGAGGGGAGACUGUUUUGCACUUAUAUUCAUCUUAAUUGGGUAAUGAGAGAGACUUAUUAUAUGUGAUCCUAUAUGUUUUUAUUUUAAACAAUAUUAAUGA